UUUUAAAUCAUAUAUUUCCAAUCCAACCGUUACGAAAUUCAAAAAACACAAACCACGCGACUCUGUGAAAAUCCUCGCCCCACUGUUCCUCUUCCCUCAAAACUCUCUCUCUGUCUACAAAUCCAUGGCUGAUCAGAGCACAAAGCCAUCAAUCAUGGAGCCAAAGCCCAUGCACCCACUUCACCAAAUCGCAGAAACACCGACCCACAAGCUUCUUCUCAAGCAAUGGCUCAAGGAAGAAGAACUGAUCCUCGGAAGAAUCAUCCUCAAAGAAACCCAAAUCGACUCGGCCCGAAAGGAAAUCACAAUGCUCUACAUCUUCUUCUUCCUCUUCCACUCCACAGCUUUGGUUCUCCUCUUCAGCGCCUCCUCGAGAGACCCAGUUUCCAGCCGGCUAGCCUGCCACCGGUCAUGGAUCCCAUCACUCUGCUCGAUUUUGUUUUCCCUUGGAAUCAUUUGGGCCGUGCGGUACAAGACCGACGUGGAGGUCCACCUGGAGAAGCUACUGGAGAGGGAGAAAGAGGACGGGAAGCUCUUGGCUAAGUGCGUUGAGGAAUUGAAGAAGAAGGGGAUCGAAUUCGAUUUGCUGAAGGAGGUGGACGCGCUUCGAAGGGCGAAAAGUUUGCGGGUGGAGGCCAAGGCGGUCAGGAAAUGGUCGGCGAGGGAUUUUGCCACCUUGUUCUUCUUCGCCGUGUCUUGCCUUGUUCUCGGCAUCACAAGGGUUAUCUUGUGUGAUUAGGCUUUUGAUCAACUUUGGGUUCUUUUUGUUUGUUGUUUUU